ACAUUGAUUUUAUUUUGAAUCUCAAAGAAGUACUCUUUUUUGUUUAUACAGUUGUCUCUUUGUUUCUCUCAGAUUAAAGGCUUUGCUCAGGAUUAAACAAAAAUGUCAGUGAAACCCACAGUCGCUUUGAGAGGUAUCUUAGUAGGUGGAGUGGCUAUAUUUGCAAAAGUUGCGGCUGCAAUGAAAGCAGCUGGAGGUGUUAAGCUUGGUGCAGCUGCUACAGCUAUGACCGUGGCUGCAACCGCUGCUGUGAGUGGAGGAUCUAAGCAAGAUCAAAAGCAAGAUGCUUCCAAGGCACCACCACCUUCUAAAUAAGUAUUAUUCAUGUAAUUCUUCCUUACUGAAUCAAUCAAUAAAAAGAGAAAGAAAAAAAACUCCAUGAAAGACCAUUCUAGUUUUUCAAGGGUUCUAUGGAGUUAAAUGUAAUGUUGUUGAAAGUGUUAAAGCUGUAGUUUUCUUUUGUAAGAACUUCUUUAUCUAUACAAUUAAAAGGAGAUGGAUUGC